UUCUCUGAAGUUCGCCGGAUACGGACUUUGUGGAGAGCAGACUACAGAAUUAUAAUAAAGAAAAACAGGACAUUGCAGAAAAUAGGUUUUUAUCUAUAAAAGAAAGAAGUGAACGAACGAAGUGCGCUUUAGUAGUUCGCUACAAUGUUUCUCUCGCACUCUGCUUUUUUGGAAAGGAGUCACAUGAAUUGGAAGUGAAGAUGGCGGAGCGGAGGCUGUUUCAGGAUCCACAACUUUCACCAAGUUUGGACGCCUCGGGGGACUCUGACAGAGUACAUAUUGAAGACAGAGCUCAUAUUGAAGACAGAGUACAUAUUGAAGACAGAGCUCAUAGUGAAGAUGAAAACGGACGUGUUGCCGGCGCCCCGGAGGAGUCUUUCUCUCCGACAUCUGUCAUCUAUUUUAAAGAGGCGCUGAGUUCAGAGAACAUCCGGUUCGCCAAGACUGGACUGUCAUCUCCCACUGCUGUUCAAUAUGACUUCAAUAUCGAAAGAACGUCCAACAAAACGAAAAAUACGAAGGACCCUAUAGCCAUCGAGCGGUUGAACCUGAUGAACAUGGCUAAGCUGAGCAUCAAGGGCCUGAUUGAGUCGGCCCUGAACCUGGGCCGAACCCUGGACUCCGACUACGCUCCGCUGCAGCAGUUCUUCGUGGUCAUGGAGCACUGCCUCAAACACGGACUCAAAACCAAGAAGACGUUCCUGGGGCAGAACAAGUCUUUCUGGGGGGCCCUGGAGCUGGUGGAGAAGCUCACCCCGGAGGCUGGAGAGAUCACGGCCAGCGUCAAAGACCUGCCAGGACUCAAAACUCCGUUAGGAAGAGGGCGGGCCUGGCUGCGAUUGGCCCUGAUGCAGAAGAAGCUGUCGGACUACAUGAAGACCAUCAUCAACAGAAAGGACCUGCUCAGUGAGUUCUACGAGGCCAAUGCGCUCAUGAUGGAGGAGGAAGGAGCCGUGAUCGCCGGACUGCUGGUUGGGUUGAACGUCAUCGAUGCUAAUCUCUGUAUGAAGGGAGAAGACCUGGACUCACAGGUCGGGGUGAUAGAUUUCUCCAUGUAUCUUAAGGAUGGUCACAGCAGCAAGACAGCAGAAGGGUGCGUUCCUCCUUAAUAACACUAGCCCCUCCACCUUAAUAACACUAGCCCUCCACCUUAAUAACACUAGCCCCUCACCUUAAUAACACUAGCCCCUUAAUAACA